GUAUGCUUCCUGAGAAGAAAGUACUGGCUGCUUCUGCUAAAGAUUUAACUCUAAGUUAUGACUGGUUCCAAACAGAUAGUUUGAUCACAAUUGUCAUAUAUACUAAGCAGAAGGAUAUGAAUGCAGAGUUGGUGAUAGUUGACUGUCAAGACAAACGAUUAAGGGGAGAGAUCAUUGUGGACGACCACUCAUAUCUUGUAGAAGUUGACUUAGAUCAUGCAGUUGAAGAAGACUUGGCUGUGAAUAUUGCUGAAAAAGUUGGGAAAGUAGAGAUUAUUUUAAAGAAAAAGAAUAACAUUCAUUGGAAAAUGCUAGGACAGCCCUUGGAGAAUCAUAAUACAUUUAUCAAACGCACAGACAGAGGACUGUUCUACAGAAAAUGCAAGUUGGUUUCUAAGACAGAAGUUACUCAUGACACCAAGCUCUUCUGCUUGAUGUUGCCUAAGAGCACACAUCUCCAUGUUCCCACUGGGCAACAUGUUUACCUCAAACAAAUCAUUGCAGGGACAGAGGUAAUAAAACCAUACACACCUGUAUUGCCUUUUUUGCCACUGGAUUUCAAAGAACCAUCUCGCAAUGCUGGUGCACAUAUGUAUUUAAUGAUUAAAAUUUAUUCCUGUGGACUGUUCACACAGGCACUUGACCACCUACAAAUUGGAGACUAUAUUUCUGUCAGCAAUCCUGAAGGUAACUUCAAGAAGUCACAGGUUCAAACUUUAGAAGAUCUCUUUUUAUUGGCAGCAGGGACAGGCUUCACACCAAUGGUUAAACUGCUAAAUUUUGCUCUGACUGAAGUUAGUCACCUCCGGUAUGUACACUUAUUAUGAUUUAAUGCCAAGCUAGAAUAGGAAGGAUGAAAUGUAAUGGGCAAGCUUCAGUGUUAAUAAAACAAUGUUAAA